GAUUAAGGAGUGUUGGCAGAGCUGGGGGGAACAUAGAGCUGGGAUAGGAGGAGGCAAAGAGGGACAAGUUUGAGGUUCAUUGGCCCCUCAGUCAGCUGCAAUGCCCUCUGAGUCAGGGAAGUAUCUCCAGCUUUGAUUGUCCCUCCGGGUUAAUGAUUAUCUCCACUAUUGAGCACAAAGGGCAUCCCAGGAGGGCGGGGAGAUAUAAAGCAAGAACAAGAGGUUUGUGGGGUCAGAUGAAGAGCAAACGCCUGAAUCUCUCACCUGCAACUCUGGCCCAUUGCAGACACACCAGGGGGGAACCCUGAAAACUGCUCCAUCUCUGUGGGAGCCCUGGAGAUUUCCAGCAGACUCAAGGAGCUCACCUUCCUUCCUUCCUGUCUGGUUCCAAGCCCAGCACCCGUCAGCCAUGAUCCAGCUCCGGGUCACCCCUGAGUCAUCGCUGGCCGACAUGCCGAUGAGGAUCCACGUCUCCGGCCUAGCGCCUACCCAGCUGGUGACCCUGCAGUCAUCGCUGACGGACGAGAAGGGGGUGAACUUCCAGGCCCGAGCCUUCUACCGAGCAGACGAGGCUGGGGAGGUGGACGUGGAGCAGGCAGCUGCCACGGGGGGCGACUAUGUGGGCAUCUGGCCCAUGGGCCUCUUCUGGUUCCUCAAGCCAGAUAAGCUCUUCCACAGGCUGAUAAAACGGGAUGUGAUGAGCAGCCCCUUUUGCUUCCAGCUCGACCUCUUUGACUCCUGCCAUCUCUUUCCCUCACCCGAGGUGGUGCCUCUGGCCACUUGCACUGUGGAGAGGUGGUAUGUGGGCCCCGGAGUGGAGCGUGUCCCCAUCAAGGAGGGCCGGGUCCGGGGAGCCCUAUUCCUGCCUCCUGGGCCGGGUCCCUUUCCGGGAGUGAUUGACAUGUUUGGCGGGGCCGGCGGACUCAUUGAGUUCCGAGCCAGCCUGCUCGCCAGCCGGGGCUAUGCCGUGCUGGCGCUUGCGUACUUUGGCUAUGACGACCUGCCGCGGGUGCUGGUGGAGGUGGACCUGGAGUAUUUUGAGGAAGCAGCCAACCUUCUCUUGAAACACCCCAAGGUGAGCGGCCCAGGCCUCGGAGUGAUCGGGGUGUCCAAAGGGGCCGAAGUCACUCUGGCCAUGGCUGCCUUCUUAGAGCAGGUGGUGGCCGCCGUCUGGAUCAAUGGCACAGGAUUCCUGAACGGCACGCCACUGCAUUACAAAGGGGUCCACAUCCCCCACAUCCCCUACUGCCCUGAGCAGCUGCUCAUCACAGAGAUGGGGGUCCUGGACAACUACCACGUCUUCAAGGACCCCCGGGACCCAGCCCACGCAGCUGCUGCCAUCCCUGUGGAGAAGGCUCGAGGGGAGGUGCUCUUCGUGGUGGGAGAAGCUGACCGCAAUUUUAAUAGCAAGCUGUAUGCUGAGAUGGCUAUAGAGAGGAUGAAGAGUCAUGGGAAGAAGAACUAUACCCUUCUUUCCUUCCCCGGGGCUGGGCACCUGAUCGAGCCACCAGGGUCCCCACUGUGCAGCAUCUCGCUGAUCCGGGGGACCCCCAAACCUGUGCACUGGGGGGGUGAGCCAGAGCUCCAUGCCAAAGCUCAGGAACAUUCCUGGCAGGAGAUCCUGAAAUUUCUCAACCGCUGUCUUGGACUCACCAGCAACCUGUAACAGCCAAGGGAGUUGGGGGCCACCGGGACCCCCUCCUGCCAGGCUGGGGGAGCUUCUCCCAUCCCCCCAGCCUGAUCAACAUAAUAAAUACUGAGAACAUAGAAAGAAUCUGUGGGAUGCUUCCAGGGGAGCACCGGGGGUGGGGGGAGGGCAGAGGGGGAGUGCUCACACAAGGAAGCUGCUUAAGGCACUGCCCUGGAUUUGGGAGACCUGGGCUCAAGUCUCAGUUCUGCUGCUGACACCGUGAGUGGGUCACCGAAUCUUUCUAGGCCUCUGUUCCCUGUCUGUAAAAUGAGGAUAAUGCUUCUGCCUUGUGUACGUACACAGCAAGCUCGUCAAUGGAACGAGUGGCUCUUAGUGUGUGUGUGAGCGGUGCCCAGCUCAUGGAGCCUGGCUCAGAGUCUGAAGGUGCUACUGGAAUGUAGCUGGUAAAGAG